CUACUGCUGGAAAAGUACUGAAGGUGCAAGUGAUUGCACAAGAACAAACAUGGCGGCGAACAUGUGAGAGAACAAAUUUGGAAUGGUAAGCUCUUUGUGACGGUUUUUUAAGUCUGUUCUUUUUAUAUAUCAUAUCUCUUGUAUAAAAAUCAGCAAUGUAGCUGUGUCUCUCAUAGGGGAAGAAAAAGAAGCCGUUCAUUGACAAGAGAAGCGCUCACAGUUUUCAACUUGUGCAUCGGAGUCAAAAAGAUCCCUUACAGGCGGACGAGGAGAGUUCUAAACAUGUGUUACUACCGCUAGAUUCUUCAAGUCAGGCAUGUAUUAUUAUCUUAUUCUUGAAAUUAAAGUUCUAGGAUCUAAGCAUUUAUCAAAUUUAUCAUCGGUCUGAAAAGGUCUGUAAACAACAGUCUUAAAAACACAGCACAUGUUCCUCGGGUAUAACAGCACUAUUUGGUGUGAAAAAGUUUUUAAAGUUCUUCUCGGUAAGUUUCACCAAGUUUCAUAAAAAAUGUUGAAUUUAAUUUUAUUAAUUCAAAGACAUUAGUGAUAAACAUUUACCGUUAAUUUUUUCUUAGAAAAAUUUGUGUUUGUGGAAGAAAAAAUGGUCAUUUGAUAAUAACAUUUGAAGAUGUAGUUGUUAAAUAAAAAGAACAGUUGUUUAGUUGGUUUUUGUGUCUGAAAUAUUACCAACUCAAACUGAACGUGUCAGUGAAAGUUAAGUGAUAUGACUUUUUCAUCCAGGUCUUAAAUUGUAAAUAAUCAGGCCAUACAGUACAUUGAUACUCAAACAUUUAAACCAUCUGCUAUAGAAAUGUUGUUUAUAAACAUAUAUGUUCCCCUGAAAUUGAGUGAAUAAUUCUUUGCUUUACUUACAUUCAGGAUCCAAGUCAAAUAGACUCCAUGUAAGUAUAUUUAUAAUAUCUUAUUAAAUAAAUGAGAUACUAUGAGGGAUUUGAUUAGUUAAAGUCAUUUAUUGCACUGAUAAACUCAUGAAAAAAUUGAAUUUUGUUUCAGAACAGCUUGAGAUGUUGGGAGAACACUUGAAAAGUGUGUUAAUCACUCACCUCUAGCUUGUGAUUGACAUACUUUUCUUGAGUUUCCCAACAUCCUGUUUAGGUAAUUAAACCGGUAAAAAAAUAGGAAGUGUAGUCUAUUGCUUAAAGUAUUAAUAUAUUUGUAAUAAUAAUUCAUCCAAUUGAUUGUGGUGACUUUAUAAAACCCUUUUUACAUGCAUGAUCCAGUACCAGAUGCUAUAGUUCUUCACUAGAAAAUCCUCUAUCCUCUGUAAUAGUCUUCUUAACCCUUUAACUCCCAAGAUCUGACUGUUAAUUCUCCCCUCUAGCUGCUACACAUUUCUUUGUAGAUCAGUUAUGAUAAUUUAGUGUUAGAUCAUAAUAACAACUUUUACCUGAUGAGUUGGAGUUUUCUCAAUACCUGUUUGUGGGAUAAUAUAUGGAUAUUAUAGGGAGAAAUUCAAUGUUAAUUACUUCUGGGAGUAAAAGGGUUAACAAUCUUUAGUUGACAUCCACAUGUAAAUACACAGAAAAAUACAAGAAAACCAAACAAAACAAACUAGAAGAGCCAAAAAAAAAAAAGGAAAAAAAAAAUUUAAAGUAAUGUCUUUAAUAUUAAGGUUGUUGACCUUAUUUGUAACAUUGUACUUUUUUAUUUUCCUGUUUAUACACCAGACCAAUGUGAUAUGGUAAUUACUGUAACUUCUGAAUUUUGUACUGCAUUAAUAUCACUUUAUUGAUGUUGCUAUUAAUAUUAUUGUAAUUGUUUCUUCAGUGAUGAGCAUAAAAAAAAGGAGGAGGAAAGACAGCAUGGGAUUUUCUUUGACGAUGACUACAAUUACUUGCAGCACCUUAAACCUCGCACAAACCUUACUUUGGAACCACUCCCUGAUUUUGUGACUGUAAUCGAAGCCAAGAAAACUUCAGAUCAUGUGGAGGUAAGUUGCAUUUUCUCAGACUUCACUGUUAACAACACAUUGCCCUUACAUCACAAGUUGAUUUCACUCAACAUACUUUUGGCGUUAAAAUUAACUGAAUUUGAUUUAAUCUUUUUUUGUAGUUUGGUAAAGUCAAAUUACCAACUGAAGUGUUUGCCUCCAGAUAUGAAGAAGAAGAGGGAAUGCUUAAUCUUGCUGCACCAGUGUCAGGUGAUUAACAGAUAUUUAUUUUCUCUCUUGAGUUGGCCUGGCCACAUAUACAAUGGGGAAUAAAAAUAUAAAUUAGAAGAUUAUUAGUUGAUCCAAUACCAAAUUCUCCAAACUAAUGUCACAAGAACUAUAUGGCAGACAGUAAGCAGAAUUACUAAUGAGAUUUUGAGAGUCAAAGGGUUAAGGUGUAGAGAGAGUGUAAUAACAGGGUAAGGAUGUGAAAAGUCAUUCAUAGUAGCAAAUGUGAAGCUGUGCACAUUGCAUCCAAGAAUUCCCAAUACAAGUUCUUUGAAUACAUAACUACUGAUCAUUAUAUUGAUUCCAUUUGGUUCCCAAUUUUUCAUUUUAGGUCCUCGCCCAGACCUGGAUCCUGAUAUUGUAGCUGCCUUAGAUGAUGCACUUGAUUUGAAUGACCCUAAUAACAUUUUAGAGGAUGAUUUUAUGUUGAAGGUAAUGGAGAUUAAGAGGGUUUUUUUUUUUUAAGAAAUGUAGUAGCAUGAGAAUAGUGUUAGGUGUUUAAAAAAACCCUCAGGUUAUUGAAAGUUAACCACAAAGUUUGGUAUAGCUGCUUGAAUAUUUCUUAUCUCUAAAUGUAAAUGAACAGCCUGCUUGGAGAAUAGGUAGAUAUAAUCUUAGCACAGUUUUUCUACCUUUAGUAUUUUGCUCACAAGAAUUUAAGAUAUACAGCAGGAGUUUGUUUCACCUGAUUAUGGAGUCUUGUAAAUCCGAAUUGAAAAAGUGUUUUUAAGAAUAUUUUAGAGGAAUUUCAUUUUCUCUUUAUUCGCAUCACUGCUUAAAUCUGUACAACUAAUCUUGUAAAAGGUUAUUCUUUUAUUAUUAAGAAUAAAUUCGUAUUUUUUCUUUUCUUUAGGCAAAUGAUGAACAUGCAUGUUAUGAAAGGUUAGUACUUUUUUGGUAGACCAUGUGAAAUAUUUGUACCUUGCAAGUCUAACACAGUUUGAACUCUAAACAAUUUUUCCUGAAUACUUGUUGUUUCAAAGAUGUUUUGUUCUUUAAACCAAAGUUUACAAGUUACAAAAUAAUCUUGUUUUGUAUGAAGUGGAACUUUUUUGUUUUUUGGAGACUUUUGCUGUUACUCUCUAUUACAAAGUUUACUGUGUGACAGAUUCUUUGUGGACAACUUGGUACUGGUAAAUAUUUAGAUUGUCUUGAAUUACUCUGUCACUGCAAAAAUGUAAAUGUUCUUCUUUGCAGUGAUGACGACUUGAUUAAGAGUGAUGAUGAAGAUGAAAGUGAUGAGGAUGAUUACCCUUCAGAUGAGGCUGAUGAGUCAGAUGAUGGAAUGUCGUAUUUUGAGGAAGAGGAAACUAAAUCAAGAUUUACUAGCUAUUCAAUGACAUCAUCUGUAAUAAGGAGGAAUGAAGGUUAGGAAAAGAAAAAAAGGAUAAUUGUAUUGUUAGGUAUGCCCUAUAGUGCAAGCUUCUGAUGUUGUGUUAAACAAACAGACAGAGAUAAAUAGACAGAAAGACAGAUUGACACAUGUCAAAAAGAUUUUUGAAUGGCAGACUGACAGAGGAGAGAAUGAAGUGAGGAGACAGACAAGCAGACAGACUAACAGACAGAAUGACAAGCAGACAUGUAAGCAGAGUGACAAGCAGACAGACAAACAUAGAGUGACAAGCAGACAGACAGAGUUACAAGCAGACAGACGUGGUCAGACAAAAAGACAAAGAAAGAGACAGACAAACCAAUAAACAGACAAUUAGACAGACAGAUAGGCAGAACACAGAAAACUAACAGUUCAAAAAUAUCAAGAAAAGGGGAAUUUUUAUGUCAUUGAACAUUUUGUAAGGAAACUUAUUAUGUUUAUUAUAAUUUUCAUAACUCAAGUCUGGUUAUUUUCUUUCUAGGUUUGCAACUUAUCGAUGAGAGAUUUGAAAAGGUACUCUUUUCGUCGAACUCCCUUCUUACAAUAAUCAUAAUCUAUAUACUCCGGUUUAAAGAUACUAACAUCACUUACAUAAUAAGUAGUAUUUACAAAACAAUCAUGAUCUGCACUUACUAAUGUCCAUAAACUUAUAUUUUUUAUCAUACACUUAUGGGUGGACCUGGUAAUAUUUUGAUCCAUAGAACUUAUGUUGUUAUUUGAUUGAUAUUUAUGUUUUUAGUUGAUGGAGGAAUAUGAUGAAGAUGAGAUUGGAGCACUGGAUCAUGAAGAGUUAGAAGGCUCCAUUCAGCCAGACAGUAAAAGGCUCAAUGCUCUUGCUGAAGAAUUCAUUGAAAGCCAACUAGUACAAGAGUGAGUUCUAAAAAACUGAUUAACCUGGUGACAAUUGAGUGAUGGGCAUUGCAUGAUAAUAACAGGAGCAGUGUGCUCUACUCAGGGCCAAAAUGCCACCCAUUGAAUAUUAGCAGGGUUUUCAGUAAGAUAUGAAAUAGGUGUCUGCUCAACCUUAAGUAGGUGGCAUUAACACAUUGGGGGGUCUAGAGGCAUGUUCCCCUCGGAAAAUUUUGAAAUAUGGAAGCUCAGAAACAUAAUUUUCAGCCUUUUGGGCAUUAAAUUUUUUGCAUCUGAGUGCGCUUGGCCACCAUUUUUUAAAAAAAAAGAGAGACUGUGUAGGCCUGGAAUUAGAUAUUUCAAUUUUGAAGGGCUGGGCACAAGUGAAUGUUGCUUACCAGGAUGCUUACAUCUUUGAAAACAUGGCAGUUGUCACGUAUCAAAGCACCAGCAUGUGUGUUUUCUUUUUGUCUUAUAUUGUACAAAGUAUGACAAUAAAAACUCACAAACAGGAAGGUGAAUAGGGAUAUGUAAAUUCAUUGAUCCAAUAUGGCCUAAAGUGUUGACCAGGUGAUUUACAAAAAUUGUAUUUUACAGUUCCACCUAUGCAUAUUUAGUUAUUAUUUACUGACUGCAAAUUAUUUCUCCUAGUUUGUCUGAUGUUAAGGAGAGUAUACUGGUCAGAGGCCAUGAUAAGAAUGAAGACAGUGACAGUUCUCCAGAUGAACUGGUCAAAGUUGCAGAGGAGCCAAAGGAGAAAUGGGACUGUGAAUCCAUUUUAAGUGAGUAUUUAUGUUGGAAAAUAAUUAUUAGCCUAAUGUUUUGUGAUAUGAAGGAGUUAGGGUUUUUCAAAUCUCAAAAAGUUUAGCUCAGUUUUUCAACUUCACCUGUUUUAACAUUGCUAUGAAGAACAAAUAGAAUGCCAGCAUUUAUUUUUUUCUGUUAUUCUGUAUGGUGUCAGAAAGAACAUAUUAGGUCAUAUUUGCUCUUGUUGAUACCCUGAGAUAAAAUGACAUCCCAUCUUUAAAAAUAAUUUGUCAGUUUUUAAUAGAAUAUAUUUAUUUUUAUUAUUUUAUGAUCCACAGUUAGUCAGCAGACUGGUGUUCUUUGUUCACUGGUUUAGCGUUACACUUGUGGGACAGUGACUAAGUCACGACUCUUGUAACUGAGCUCCUUGUUUUAAGGUGCAUCUGUUACUUCUGAGUGUGAUUUUGUUCUUUUGCUUCUUUACAAUUUAGUUUGUGUUGUGCUGUUUAACGCACACUCUGAGAAGUGGAGAGACAGUUUUAGAUUACAACAAUUUCGUCACUUUUUGUAAAGGACAGAAAUGAUUAAGAUGUUAGCCUUUUAACAAUAUAAUGUAAAUAAAUUUUUACCAUCAUCACUAUUAGGUACUUAUUCAAACCUGUACAAUCAUCCCAAACUGAUUAAAGACACUCCAAGGGUGAGUUUCUUGUCACUUUAAUUUGCUUAUUUAUAAAUUUACAAACGGUUUUUUUUAACAAUUAUAAGAAUUUUUUGAUUAUUUUCCCGUUUGACAAAGUUAUUUGGCGUAUGAGUCCUGUUUUGUGAUAGGAUAGAAUCAAGAAGACAACUGACAAUUUUCAACAUUAAUACGGGAUUGUAAUUGGUUCAGAAAAAUCACACCACUUGGUAGACCAUUCAGAUUAGAAAAAAACUAAUCAAUCAAUGGAUGUGUACUUUGAGUUCUCAUUGGCUUCUUGUGGUAUUUGCCUUCGGUGACGUGUGUUUACUUUGAGUUCUCAUUGGCCCUUUGUAAUAAUUUCCUCGCUCUGAUUGGCUUUCCUGCGCUCUUCGACGGUGAAGUGUGUUUACUCUGAGUUCUCAUUGGCUCCUUACGAUAAUUGCCUGGUCUGAUUAUCUUUCCCGCGCUUUAUUUCGAUGAGGUAUUUUUACUUCGAGUUCCUUAUGAUGUUUGAGUUUCCCGCGCUUUACGUCGGUGACGAGUGUCUACUUUAAGUUCUCAUUGGCUCCUUAUGAUAGCUGCCUCUUCUAUAAUUGGUUGUUGUGGCUACUUCGGUUUUUACUUUACUGUUUUUGGUUCCCUUUAAGGUGAAGCCGAUAAAACUAUCCAAGGCUGGUAUUCCACUUGGUGUACUUUCGCAAUUCGGCGUAUCCAACAAGAAUGUGCAAGCCGGCGAACGCAGCGAUACAGAGGAGACAGAAAAGCAUGUUUCUCGCAACACGGUCAGAAGCAAAGACGAAACUAAAGAAGAGAAAAAACAUAGGAAACAAGAAAUCAAGAACGAUAGAAAGGUUGGUAUUCUUUUGAAUGAAGAAUUUCCCACAUUUCUUUACACAUGUUUUGCGUAGGGCGAAACACUCAGGAAACUCCGCAACUGUGCUACGGUUUGUGUUUCUUGAAAUAAAGUGACCUUAAGGGUUAGCUCCUUAGUUGCAGUCCUCUCUAUCCUCACUGACAAUCCAUGUUCCUUCUUAGCCUAGUACAGCCUCUGUAUUUGUUCUUUUUCUCUUACUUAAAUAAUAUUUUCUGGUCUCCUUAAAUCUGAGGUUGAUGCCGCAGAUCGUAGAUCGCAAACUACACAUCCUUUGGUUUAAAGUAACUUGCGCCUUGCGUUCUUUUCUUAUUACUUAUUCAUUUACAACUGUAUAUUUUUUUGUUUAGAAGCGCUCAGGUUUUUUUUUUGACGGCGUUUAGUUUUCAAACACUUGCCAUGCCUAAAGGUAAAGAAAUAAACAGAACUGACUUAAUUUGUCUUUUUUUUUUUUUCGUUUACUAGGUGCGACGGAUGGAAAAGAAAGCGAAUAAGAUUGCUUUCAAAUCCGAAAAGCAAAGACAAGAGCAGUCCAUGCUGAAUACAAAACAACAACAGGGAAAGAAGCUCUGAUACCUGUACAUAUUGCAAACGACAAUUGAAAAAAAAUCAAUUUCUACAUACGCUCGUAUAAUCCCGUGGUUUAAAAUUUUAAUCCUAGAAGUGCUCCAUGAAAUUCACGAGAACGAAACAUUUUUCAGGUUCUUUAAUAAGAAAAACGGCGGUAAAUGGGAGCUAGAAACCUCUGCUCUUCUACAGCUCCCAAAGCUUUCGGCAAUGCAGCCCUUGGUGGUAGUAAAGCGAGGAAAUGAAAUUCAGGAACACCGGUUCCUUGGUAUCCCAUUAUUGAACGUACAAACAUAAGUUGCGCGCGCUAAGCGUAGGAAUACUCGCGUGUUUAUACGUUGUCGAUUUCAUUGGCUGGAGUAAGUGUAUUUUCAAACAGCAGGUAAUGCCUGGUGAAUGCCUCUGCUGACGCACGUUACCCGAUUUUGAUUGAACUAAAAACCUAUAAAGAGCUCAGAAAACGGAAGUCAAAUAUGACCGUGAGGCACUAUGGCGCAUACCAAGCUUUACAUCGCCUUACUGCCACCAAAUUCUUCUUGCGUUGGAGUUGUAAAUAUUUUGUGCCUAGUACAACUUUUAAUAAUAAUUUUUUUACCCGAUAUUGUAGUACGUUGUACAGGAAAAUGAUAUUGAGAACAUCAUGAAUAUGUUGAGGGUGUAAACUUGUCUUAGAACUGACGUUUAAUAGUAAAAAAAAAACAAAACAAAACAAAAAAGCCAUUUCAUCC